CAUUAGGUUAGGUUAGUAGAAUAAAAAUGAAUGUCAGUCUGUCAGUGUUUGCAUUGGAAUAAAAACAUUUACUUUCAAUUAUAAAUGUUAUUUAAAUAUAGUUUAAUUUUUUGUUAGUUAACAAUUUGCCUUUUCAUUAUGUUAUAGUUUCAAUAAUUACCACAAUGAUGAACGAUAAACAAAAUGGAUUGUCGCGGGAAGAAAUUGCCAAGCAAUUUGUAUUGCCCGAGAGAAAGAGUAAAAUAGCAACUCUCUUGAAACAAGAUGGACAAGAAUAUUGUAUUUGUCGGACUUCGGAUAGUUCACGAUUUAUGAUUGGUUGCGACUCUUGUGAAGAAUGGUAUCACGGUGACUGUAUAAAUAUAACAGAAAAAGAAGCGAAAUAUAUCAAGCAAUUUUUUUGCGUUCGUUGCAAGGAUGAGGAUCCGACCCUAGUCACUCAAUAUAAACCGAAACGUUCCGAGAGGGAGGAUCGUAAACACAGAAAGCAUCGUGAAAAGGAAAAAGAACGCCACGAAAAAUAUCGUCAUGAGCCAAUCAAUUGGGAUGCGCCCGUUGUGAAAAAAUCCUCAAAACGUUGUGGCGAGUGUACCGGUUGUCUUCGAACUGAAAAUUGUGGAAAAUGCGACGCCUGCAGGCACUUGAAAAAAUUUGGUCCAUCAGUGAGAUUAAAGCUGCGUUGUGUACAAAAAACAUGUCGCAUUUCAAUAGAGCCAAUGAAAUUAAAGAGUUUAGGUAAAAUCUCAAAACCAAGUAGAAAACGUCGACGUGACUCGAGUAAUGAGAGAAUUGAUCAUCAUGAACCGCCAAUUCAUUGUUAUGGUCCAACGUGUAUGAAACAAUCGCGCGUUGGCAGUAAAUAUUGUUCUGAUGAAUGUGGAAUGAAAUUGGCGACAAAUCGAAUUUAUCAAGUUUUACCACAACGAUUGCAGGAAUGGGCAAUGACGCCCUGCAUUGCCGAACAAAAUAAUCGACGUGCCUUGGAGAAUGUGAGAAAGCAACAGAACGAUGUGAGAAGAAUUCUUCAUGAAUUAGAUAAACGACACAUGGAAUUGGAUCAACUUGUCGAGAGAGCAAGACACUCGACAAUCGAUCCUAAAACUGAAAUCGAUGAGAAUGAUGACACCGAAAUGAGUAUGUACUGCAUAACUUGCGGUCAUGAAAUUAAUUCACGAACUGCCAUCAAACAUAUGGAAAAGUGUUUCAAUAAGUACGAGUCGCAGGAAUCGUUUGGAUCGAGUUUCAAAACAAGAAUCGAGGGUCAAGUUAUGUUCUGCGAUUUUUACAAUCCCGUUAAUGGAACAUAUUGUAAAAGAUUGCGUGUCCUGUGUCCUGAACAUUGUAAGGAUCCAAAAAUAACUGACACUGAAAUUUGUGGUUGUCCAUUAGUGUCAAAUGUAUUUAAUUUAACCGGUGAAUUUUGUCGUGCACCAAAAAAAAGUUGCGUCAAACAUCAUGUAUGGGAGAAAUUACGUCGCGCUGAAAUUGACAUGGAACGUGUGAGACAAUGGUUGAAAAUUGACGAAUUAGUUGAACAGGAGAGACAAAUACGUUCAAAUAUGGCAUCGAGAGCUGGUGUAUUGGCAUUAAUGCUUCACUCGACUUAUAAUCAUGAGCUUAUGGAGCAAAUGACUCAGGAGCAGAAUAUUAAUCAAAUGGAGGCCAUGGAGGAGGAAUAUCGUCGUGGUUAUGGUAUGCAGAACGAGCGAAAUGAAUAAUGAUUUACAAGUAUUUUUUCUUUUUUUUUUUUAUUUAUAUUUAAGGGAUAUUUCCAAUUUUUUCGAUGUGUAUGAUUUCAAUUUCUAUAUUUGAUGAAUUUAAACAUUAAAUUUCUUUUUAUCUAAA